AUGGAGCCCUGGCCAUUAGAAUGCACGGUGUUCUUCUCAAACUUGUCGUACGACACGACUGCUGGAUAUUUGCGCCGGCUUUUUUCCAGAGUCGGCGGGGUCGAGUAUGUGGAGCUGUAUGAGUCGUCUGGUGGCACUUCCAUCGGUGCUGGUGUGGUAACUUUUUCUACACCAGAAGCUGCCAGCAGAGCAGUGACAGAGCUGGACGGGACCGAAGUGGAUGGCAGACCAAUGUUGGUAAAACCAAACGAGCGCCAUUCACGCAAAGGUGGCGGAAAAGGCCGACCAGAAGCCCGCAUCUUCUGGGACGGUGUUCCAUACUCCACCAAUGAGGGAUACCUACGCAGAUACUUUGAGCGAUACGGGGACAUCGUUGAUUUCGAUUUUUGGAGAAGAAAAGAUGGACGUUCUCAUGGUAUGGGUACGUGUACCUACAACACAGCUGACGAGGCGGAGACAGCCAUUGAAAACCUCAAUGGCUUUACAAUUGAUGGCAGAGUUAUUUUGGUUCGCAAGGAUACUGGAAAAAAACCCAAGCAGGAGGAAGAGGAGGAAGGGCACACGCAAAGCCGUGGCAAAGGUAAGGGACCAGCUGAUGGCACCAGAGUGUUCUGGAGUGGUGUCCCGAUCGGCACCACCGAGGGAUUUCUACGGAGUCAGUUCGAGAAAGUUGGCACUGUGGUCGACUUCGAUUUCUGGCGAAAGGAUGGCACCUCCCUGGGGAAGGGUACGUGCCAGUUCGACCACUACCGUGGUGCCCAGCGGGCGUUGCACCGCCUACACAAUUUCUCAAUCGACGGCGGGGUCAUGCUGCUGAAGGAGGACGAGGGUGGAAACAAAGGCAUUCCAAAGGGCAAAAGCAAAGGCAAAGGCAAAAGCAGGCCCCAGUGGCGAAAGUCAGAGGAGUAA